CGUCAAGAUGGCGCCGAAAGCGAAGAAGGAAGCUCCUGCCCCUCCCAAAGCCGAAGCUAAAGCGAAGGCCUUGAAAGCCAAGAAGGCAGUGCUGAAAGGCGUCCACAGCCACAAAAAGAAGAAGAUCCGCACAUCGCCCACCUUUCGGCGGCCCAAGACCCUGCGGCUACGAAGGCAGCCUAAAUACCCCCGGAAGAGUGCGCCCAGGAGGAACAAGCUUGACCACUAUGCCAUCAUCAAAUUCCCCCUGACCACCGAGUCAGCCAUGAAGAAGAUAGAAGACAACAACACGCUUGUGUUCAUUGUGGAUGUCAAGGCUAACAAGCACCAGAUCAAACAGGCUGUGAAGAAACUCUAUGACAUCGAUGUGGCCAAAGUCAACACCCUCAUAAGGCCCGACGGAGAGAAGAAGGCAUAUGUUCGGUUGGCUCCUGAUUAUGAUGCUCUGGAUGUUGCCAACAAAAUUGGAAUCAUCUAAACUGAGCCCAGCUGGCUAAUUCUAAAUAUACACUUUUUCACCAUA